AUGUUGGACAUUCUCAACAUACCUCAUGCAGAUCCCAUUAAUCUGCCUUUAACACAAGGUUUUGGCUUCCCUCUAAUCAUAACGGGCCUUUACCUAGUCUUUAUCCUAAAACUAGGCAGAUGGUUUAUGGAAAAGCGACAACCUUAUCAAUUGCGUGGCAUUCUUAAGUUUUACAAUCUCUUUCAAGUUGCCUACAAUGGCAUAUAUGUGCUUACUGCUGUGACUAUUAUAUUAUCCUACAGACCCUACAGAUUUAGUUGUUUGGCUCCUUUACCCUUGGAUCACGAGGCAAAACAUUGGGAAUAUUUUCUAGGAUACACCUAUUACAUUAACAAGUACAUCGACUUCUUGGAUACAAUAUUCUUCGUCCUGCGCAAGAAAUACAAACAAAUCACAAUUCUGCACAUUGUCCAUCAUGCAGCGAUGCCCAUUGCGUCGUACUUAACCCUGCGAGUCAAUGGCUAUGGCGGCAUGCCGGCAGUUGUUUGCAUGGCCAACACCUUUGUCCAUACCCUAAUGUAUAGCUACUACUAUCUGUCUUCACAAUAUCCUAAUUCAAGCAAGAUUCUGUGGUGGAAAAAAUAUAUAACCAAGUUGCAGUUAGCUCAGUUCAUUGGCAUACUUAUCCACAUCUUUUGGACAUUACAACAGGAGGACUGCUAUUCAAAGAACAAAUAA